AUGGAUGCGGCAGCACAGGUCAUCAAGGAGAUGGAUAUCAAAAGAGGGCAAAGAGCUGUCACUGACGGCAGCAGGAUGACAGCAUUUGAGCCUGAUCGGCGGGUUGGUUUCUCUGUGAUGGCAGCGUCUCAGCCCGGGCGGCAUUUCGGCACGGGGGACGCCACGGUCGACGUCAAUUUCGGAGGCGGCUGGCGGUCACGGCGGAUGAGUCGGAAGUCGGUGUGUCUUCUUCUGGGCGGCGCGCCCGAGUGCAGGUUUGAUUAA